CUGGGACGUCUUGACUCUGGUCUCGACAACGAUCACCUCGCCCAUGCCGACCACACUCGAAGGCGGUUGGCGGUGGCCUGCUCCCGUCGGAGGUAAAGACGAUGUCUUUGGCUUACCCCACUUCGACCCUGCCACAAUUGCUGGAAUCUCUGUGGCCAUCGCCGGAAACGUUCUUAUAUCCUUUGCUCUCAACUGCCAGAAGCUCGCGCAUAGAAGAUUAGAACUUAAACGCGAGCAAGAAGACGAUAUCGGCGAUCACAAGAGUACGACCAAGUGGUCCUCAAACGGUACAAACAUCUCGAGCGUCACGAUUGAAGAAGACGAGGACGAGCAGCUAUCUCAUCCAGAUGGCCCGGCAUCCCUUACAGCCACGGUUGACGAAUCAGAGCCGCUGUUGCCUCAUACGCAGAGCUCUCCUACUUACGGCGCAGAGUUCGCUCAUACUGCCGGAAAGUCGCGGUGGUUCUCCCGAAUUGCACCUUGGAGAAGGGAUGCCCGGGACAACGUGCAGUCAGAGGCCACCACUGUUCCAGUGGACGUAGUCGCGGUGCGACCGAAGAGUCCUCAGAGAGAGGACUCUGGGCGCGAGAAUGGGUCCGCGCAUACUAACGAAAGUGAUUACUUGAAGUCGAAAUUAUGGUGGACAGGUUUUGUUCUCAUGAACAUAGGCGAGGUGGGCAACUUCAUCUCGUACGGUUUCGCACCAGCGUCCACAGUUGCGCCCUUGGGGACCUUUGCCCUCGUUGCCAACUGCAUAUUUGCGCCAUUCAUGCUGAGAGAGCGUUUUCGUAAGCGAGACGUCCUCGGUGUCCUGAUAGCCGUCGUCGGGGCAGUUACUGUGGUACUCUCCGCAAAUCCUUCAGACGCCAAACUCGAUCCCUCUGCUCUCCUGCAUGCGCUAGCCCAAAAGCCAUUCAUCGUUUUUUCGGCGAUCUACGUCACUGCAGCUGUGAUUCUAUCUGGCUUGUCAGAACGACAAGCUGGUCAGAGAUACGUCUUCGUUGACGUCGGCUUGUGUGCACUGUUUGGCGGAUUUACCGUAUUGUCUACGAAAGCUUUUUCGAGCCUUCUUACGCGGGAAGGUUUCGAUGUUUUCGCACAGUGGAUAACUUACCCCAUUCUGGUGAUUCUCAUAGGUACAGGUGUUGGUCAGAUCAAAUAUUUAAAUCGUGCUCUCAUGCGGUUUGAUAGCAAGAUUGUAGUCCCUGCGCAGUUUGUCACAUUCAAUCUCUCUGCAAUUGUUGGUUCCGCAAUUCUCUACCAAGACUUCCAAAGAGCCUCGUUCCACCAGAUCGUCACCUUCCUGUACGGCUGUGGAGCUACAUUCGUUGGAGUAUUCAUCAUUGCAUGGGCCCAUGACGAACCAGACGCUGGGCAUGAUGAGGCGACAUCCGAAAACGAAGACGUCGAGGCAAUGAUAGUUGACGGCAAUUCUGACGUUCCUCCUCUGGACUUUGGGGCUCUCAGUCGACGAGACCGUCCUACCCUCGUCCUGCCGGAGAAUGCUUUGGAGAGCGUGGCGAGCUCGCCCGUUCUGCGACAUAGGCGCAGCGUCGUUAGCAUGAUUGGAUUUUCCCCUGCGCAGCGCCUCCUCCUUGUGCAUAGCUCUCCAAGAGAAGAAAGGAGCCCCAUCCUUCAUAACCCUGACUCAGACGCUUCCCUGAACAGCGCACAUCGAAGACGGACGAUGAGCUUGGCUGGCGAAGCUAGCAGCCCUUCUCGUCACCGUGACAGGCCCAGGGCCAAGUCGACAGCAACCAGCCGAGAGGCGAGUCGCGACCAAUCGAGGCUUCGUGUGGCGCAGAGUCCUAGCUAAAACCAUGAUUAUUCUUACUGUACUGACUAUGUCCCCCGUUGCUAUUGUAGCGUAUGUUAUGGCCGAGGAUACCUUGUAGCUUUAUUUAUACCUCACUACCAUGCCUCCCGUCACCUCUAGACCAACGCGAACACGUAUCCAAAAUCCGUCAUAAGAGCCUACAAUAGCGGGGACCCGCCCCAGCUGCUGUGCAG